ACGUCAGACUCUGGGGAGGAGUUGGUGGUCGUCCCUGCCCUCCUCAUUCUGCAUUCGUCAGGAGUUCCAGAGAGGGCUGGCGGCCGGCGCUCGGCGCGAUGCUGCUGCUGUGGGUGUCGGCGGUGGUAGCGUCGGCGCUGGCUGCUCCGGCCCCCGGGGCAGGUGGGCGGAGGCGGGGAGUGGUCGGAGCCCCUAACGUGGUGGUGGUCGUGAGCGACUCGUUCGAUGGAAGGUUAACAUUUCAUCCAGGAAAUCAGGUGUUGAAACUUCCUUUUAUCAACUUCAUGAAAACACAUGGCACUUCCUUUUUGAAUGCCUACACAAACUCUCCAAUCUGUUGCCCAUCACGUGCAGCCAUGUGGAGUGGGCUAUUCACUCACUUAACAGAAUCUUGGAAUAAUUUUAAGGGUCUAGAUCCAAAUUAUACAACAUGGAUGGAUGUCAUGGAGAAACAUGGCUACCGAACACAGAAAUUUGGAAAACUGGACUAUAAUUCAGGACAUCACUCCCUUAGUAAUCGUGUGGAAGCCUGGACAAGAGAUGUUGCUUUCUUACUCCGACAAGAAGGCAGGCCCAUGGUUAAUCUCCUUCCUGACGAGAAUAAAACAAGAGUGAUGGAAAAGGACUGGAAGAUCACAGACAGGGCCAUAGACUGGCUAAGGAAGGAGGCUGUUCGCCACGCAGGGCCCUUCGUUCUUUAUGUGGGGUUGAAUUUACCACACCCUUACCCUUCACCGUCCUCAGGAGAAAAUUUUGGAGCUUCAACAUUCCAAACAUCUCAUUACUGGCUUAAAAAAGUGCAUCGUGACGCCAUCAAAAUCCCCAAGUGGUCGCCCCUGGCAGAAAUGCACCCUGUGGACUACUACUCUUCCUACACAAAAAACUGCACUGGGAAGUUUACAAAGAAGGACAUUAAGAACAUUCGAGCAUUUUAUUAUGCUAUGUGUGCCGAGGCAGACGCCAUGCUUGGUGAAAUUAUUUUGGCUCUUCGCCAGUUAGACCUUCUUCAGAAAACUGUGCUCAUAUACACAUCAGACCACGGGGAACUGGCCAUGGAGCAUCGACAGUUUUAUAAAAUGAGCAUGUACGAAGCCAGUGCCCAUGUUCCGCUUUUGAUAAUGGGACCAGGAAUUAAGGCCAAUGUGCAAGUUCCAAACGUGGUUUCCCUUGUGGAUAUUUACCCUACUCUGCUUGAUAUUGCCGGGAUCCCUGUGCCUCAGAAUCUGAGUGGAUACUCUCUGUUGCCACUAUCAUCGGAAACACUUAGGAAUAAAAAUGAAUUCAAAACCCUGCAUCCGCCCUGGAUUCUGAGCGAGUUCCAUGGAUGUAACGUGAAUGCCUCCACCUACAUGCUUCGAACUAAGCAGUGGAAGUACAUCGCCUACGCAGACGGCGCUUCGGUGUUGCCUCAGCUCUUUGAUCUCUCCUCAGAUCCAGAUGAGCUAACAAACAUUGCUACAAAAUUUCCAGAAAUCACUUCUUCUUUGGAUCGGAAGCUUCGUUCCAUUGUAAACUACCCUGAGGUUUCUGCUUCUGUCCACCGGUACAAUGAAGAGCAGUUUAUCCAGUGGAAGCAGAGCGUGGGACAGAAUUAUUCAAAUGUCAUUGCAAACCUUAGGUGGCAUCAGGACUGGCUGAAAGAACCGAGGAAGUAUGAAAGUGCAAUCGAUCAGUGGCUUAAAACCCACAAAAAUCCAGAAACAACUUAACCAAAAAUAAGAAAAUGAUGUCCUAGGGUCCAGCGCUGUGGCGCAGUGGGUUAAUGCCCUGGCUUGAAGCUCCAGCAUCCCAUAUGGGCACCGGUUCGAGUCCCGGCUGCUCCUCUUCUGAUCCAGUUCUCUGCUGUGGCCUGGGGUAGCAGUGGAGGAUGGCCCAAAUCCUUGGGCCCCUACAACCAUGUGGGAGACCUGGAGGAGGCUCCUGGCUCCUGGCUUCAGAUCAGCACUAUUCUGGCCAUUGCAGCCAUCUGGGGAGUGAACCAGCGGAUGGAAGAUUCUCUUUCUGCCUCUAUCUCUCUC